AUGGAACACCACCGACCGCACAAGAAUACCUCGUUCGAAGGAUACUACAGCAAGUUCGACCUGCCAUCAGGAGCUCACCUAGCCCUGAUCUGCUGUCAGGUCAGGGGCGCGAAGCAUAAGCCAAAUAUGGUCUCGUUCACCUAUGUGCCCAAAGACGACGCUGCUUCUUACUUCCAACGUGAGGUCUUCUCGGUAGAGAUGAAACAAGAAGCAAGCACUGAAGACAACGGCUUCAUCAUUGAGAUACCCGAGCUGGGCUACGUUCGAUGGCAUGAGAACCACACCGAGUACAAAAUUCAUCAUUCAGAGUUCAUGUUCGAAGCGAAGACUCUAUCUCGUACCGCUUGGUCCAAACACGCCAAUACUCCUGAAAGCUGGCUGGUCAAUCUACCAUUGCCUCUACAUUGGCAUGUGCAGUCGCUAGCAUCCGAAUGUGAAUAUAAGCUGGAAAUCCAUGACUACAAUCUUCCAUCUCAAGAUCAGUCGGGUCGAGCUAUGAUCCACGAUGAGAAGAACUGGGCAAAUUCUUUUCCGUCCGCGCACAUGUGGCUUCAAGCUAGAGACGGCGAUCGCGGGUUCAACUGCGCUGGAGGACAAAUUCUUGGAAUGGAAGCCUUCCUGCUCGGAUACCGGAGCAAAGAUCUCGAGUUGGACUUCAGACCACCAUUCGCUGUCCGCGUGCCUGGCCUAGGGCCUUUCAUGACUUACACGAAGAAUUGGGAUGACAGGACCUUCGAAUUGAGCGUGCAAAGCUUUCGACAAAAGUUGACUGUGAAGGCUUUUGCACCCAAGAACACUUUCUUCUCGUUGACUUCGCCAUUUCCAGAGGGGCACAGGGAGAAUUAUCUCGGACAGAGCUUCAACGCGACCAUUGAAGUCAAGAUCUACGAGAGCGGAUGGCUCAGCCCGUGGAAGUUGGUUCGCGAAGACAAAUUCGAAAAUGCUAGCCUGGAGUUUGGCGGUGGUUAUUAUCCUCCUGCUGGAAGCAGAGAACGCCUUCACUGAUUCCUUUUCGACAAAUGCUUAUGCUGUGCAAACUAUACUACAUCAUGCCGCGUCCGGGCCAUGGAACUAUACUGGUCUAUACACGCCACUGCCCAGCGUUUCCGGGACCUCAGGCUCUUGCCGUGGAGAGGGUCUUUCAUCUCUCAGUGGACUGAUCUCAA